UGAUUGAGCAUUGUUGUGAAAACUCUUUGUUCAAUGUUCAGUUUUUGACGCACUUCGCUAGUAUUUUGGUGUAUCUGGAGUUUAUCGCGUUAUACUUUGUUUACAAUUUGUAAAAUUUAUCGCAAAUGACGCCAAAGAUGUCAUUGGGCAGAAUCAGCAUUUUGUAGAUAUUCGUAUGACGUUAUAAAUAUUAUUUUAUGCGUAUUUCUUAAUACAGUGUCGCAUAAUCGUCCGAGUCGAACUGAAAACAAGUCCUUUGUUCGUUCAAAAUGGAUUUCAAAAUUGUUUUAUUUUCUGUAUUUUUAUUUGUAUGUCCAAUUUUAAGUUACAAGCCUUUAGUGAUGAUUCAUGGAGUAAUGACCGGCAGUGGCAGCAUGGAAUUGAUAAAAAGUAGAAUUGAAGAGAAACAUCCAGGCACCAAGAUAUACAAUGUGAACAGGUUUGAAAGUUGGUCAAGUUUGGAAACUAUGUGGCACCAAGUUCUGGAGAUUGGGAAUGAUAUUGCGAACAUAUCUGCAGCACACCCUGAAGGAAUUAAUUUAUUAGGAUAUUCUCAAGGCGGUUUAAUAGCGCGAGGAAUAGUGCAGACCUUCUCAAAUGUCUCUGUUAGCACGUUUAUAUCACUGAGCUCGCCACAAGCCGGACAAUACGGAGCCGGCUUCCUUCACCUAGUGUUUCCUGGGCUGGUUAAGGACACGGUGUACGAGCUGUUUUAUUCCCGGGUGGGGCAACACACGUCAGUCGGCAACUACUGGAACGACCCCUACCAUCAAGCUCUGUAUGAACAGUACAGCGUUUUCCUGCCGUACCUUAACAAUCAUAUCAAUUCGUCGAAAUCGGAGGAGUUUAAAGCGAACAUGCUGCGAUUGAAAAGGCUCGUUUUGAUCGGUGGCCCUGAUGAUGAUGUUAUAACGCCCUGGCAGAGCAGCCAAUUUGGCUACUACAGCGGCAACGAGACCGUAAUGGAGUUGUACGACCAGCCGACGUAUAAAGACGACCUUAUAGGCCUCCGCACGCUAGACAAGACGAAACGCCUACACCUCGUCACCGUGCCAGGCAUCAAUCACUUCAACUGGCACAUGAACGUGAGCGUCGUAGAUAAUUAUCUCCUGCCUUAUUUGGAUUAAGUACUGGUACCAUUAAAAAAUACAGCAUAUAAAUAAUCUCGGACGUCUCUGUACGUCGCAUACUGUCAUUAUGACGUCUAUAUACGCUGAAUCUUGUCAUUAUUGAUUAAUAAUUAUAUAUACAAAAUCUGGUACGUCUAUAUACGUUGCAAGGAUGCGAGAAGGAUAAUGAUAGACCAACGGCUUGUCAUCCGAAAAAAAAUUCAACCUAAAUAAAAAUGAUUUUUACUCUUCAUAAUCCUUAGACGAUUCAUGAUUACAUCACUCAAACAAAAAAAAAUAUAUUUUCAUUACUUACUACAUUAUAAAAAAUUCAGUAGGCUAUUUUUAGAUUUAUUAUAAUUUUAAGUAGCCAAAUUUAUAUGCUUACGCUUAAAUAUUCAUAAGUUAUGUGAUUUUAUUAUAAUCUCAGUAGUUUAGAUAUAGUUUGUAGUUUUUGGAGGUGUUUACGUGGUUUUUUAGAAGCCAAUGAGUAUACGGCUAUGCUGAGGGCUCUGUAAAGAAAUCUCGAAAUUAUGUGAUUUAUAAAAAAAUAACAAAGAUUUUAUUUUAGAUUAUUUUUUGUAAACAUUCAAUAACCAAAUAAACAAAAAAUCUUGAUGAUGUAAAAAGUGCACAACCUGAGAAGCGGAAUGUUGCACAACGUGUAAGCAAUAACAUGGGCGCCGUCGUACGACGUUGCUCAACAUGUUCCGCAACAUAAUAUUGCUCAAUAAUUUCCUAGUGAAAACGAGCUUUAAACUUAUUAUUUGUAAUCAAUUCGACACUUAUUGGUGUUAAAGAUUAUACAAGUUAUGUCACUGACUAAUGUAUUGUAAUCUAAAACAAACAUAUGCGUCAUACAUGUCAUAUUUAUGCGUCAUAUAUGCUAUAACAUAUGACAAUACGGCAAUAGUAAUACAAACAGCAUUUAGUAACAAAGAUAUAGUGAUAUAGAUUUGUAGUUUUUUUUUAUUCGUGCACGAGAAAGUGACCCCACUGAAGCUUAUGAUAAGUGGAAUGGGGUGCAAUAGAAUGUCGAUUGACGAGAGAUGAUUAUCCCUCGACAGUCGACACAAUUAUGCCGGCCUUUUGGAACCGUAAAUACCGAUUUCCUUAUAUAAUUCCUAACACUUAAAUAAUCAAGCAUAUUAUUGAUGUACUAAACAUAAAUUAUUGAAGUAAACAACUCUUUAACGCUCAUAUUUGAAUAUUAUGUUUCUCAAUUAAUCAAAAAAAAAUAUCAAUAUUCAUGUGUGUUAUUAUGCAAUCAAAUUAAAAAAUAUGUCAAUAUUCAAUUGUGUUGUAUAUUAUGAUUUAAGCCCAAGAAUGGUCUAUUUUGUCAAAAAUACAAAAUUAAGAACAGAAGUUUUCUAAAACCUGACCAGGAAUAUAAAAAACUUCGCCACUUAAAACGUAAAAGCAAAACUGGUACAAUAGUAACUUUUUAAUUAGCUGGUCAGGUUAUAAUUUCAAAUAAAAUUCCCUAAUAGAUCAUUCUUGUUUUUGUGGCUCGAAACUUGCAAACAUUUGCUAAAUAACAUUUGAUUACUAUAUCAAUGAGUGUUUGAUCAUCAAAUUUACAUUUAUUCUUCACUAGUUAUGUAAUCCAAGUAGAUUUAAGACAUAAUGUAUACAUAACAAGGCUCGUAAUCAUGACGCCGUAUAACAAUCGUUAUCGCUAAUAAAACAGAAAAAUGUGUAAGAAUUGACACCGCACCUUUAGAAUUACAAUGGCGUAAGUGCAAAAGGCACAUAGUUAGAACUGACGGCAGAUGGGACAAAAUGGUUCUCGAGUGGAGACCACGUACCGGCAAACGCAGCGUUGGACGUCCUGCAAGGUGGACAGACUUGAUAAAGGUUUCAGGAACAUGAUGGAUGCAGGACGCUUUCGACAGGUCCGUCUGGAAAUCUAUAAGGGAAUAUGUUCAGCAGUGGACUUUAUGUGGCUUGAUGAUGAUGAAGUGUAAAAAACCGUUAAACAGACUUUAUAAUUGACAACAUUUGAAAAGUGAAACUAUCGAAUGAAAUAAUGCUUUUGGUUAUUACACGAAAGGUGCGGUAUCUUAGCGAGUCUUGCUCGGAUGUCAUUGCAAUACAUAUUUUUGUUUUCUCUUAGCGUAAACGAUUGGAGAGGCGUCUUGCUUAUGGCUUUCGGUAUUGGCAUUUAACUUGACUGGAGAUGUCGAAUGUUAACUGUGGCCACACUUAAGUAAAUUUUUAACGGUCAUUACUUAUUACCUCAAAUAAUAUAUGCAAUAUAUUAUUAUAAAAUAUAAUUUUCUGUACCAGAGAAGACAAUCCGUCGUUUUCAAUUAACGAUCGCCUUUUCGAUCCCUCGCAAAAAUGAACCAAUCAGAAUAAAGGAUUUUUGACAAGCUUACUAAUGACUGUUUUGAUUGGUUUAUUAUUGGGAUCGGACCGAAGAUUAAGAUUAUAAUCAUUUAUAGAAAACGGUUGUAAAUUAUAUAAUCUCAACUAUUUAAAGACUGAUACGACAGUCGCUAGAGUUAUGUCGGCUUGAAUCGUUUGCGUCACACUUUCUGUUUAGUGCUGUAAUUAACUAACAAUAUGAUGUGAUAAAUCAUAGGAAAUAUUAUUGCGCGUGCGCAUCUCCAUUUUUGUAGAGCGACGAAGUUAAGUGCCGAUACCUUGAUGCGACAGAAGUUAGGCUGUGUAUUUAUAAUUUAGUGUCGCCAGUGUAGACCAGUUUUUAAUGGUAAUCAAAUACAAAUUUUAUACUGGA